AUGGAGCCCCCAUCUUCGUUUGCCACUGAUGCCAUGGACGCACUCACGCUCAAUCCCAACAGCACCCCGGCCUCACCUGUCCCAGUCUCUGAAAACGAUGGAUCAGCACCCGGGCCCUCGACGCAUGGCCAACCCGAAACCACGCCCUGCCCUUGCGCUGGAAUCGACCACACGGCCUUCCCCGAAAUCGUCGAGCGCAUCUUCGAAUUUGCUGACCCGACCGCGCUCGCGGGCGUACGGUGCACCUCGAAGGGCCACCAGCGUUUCGUGGAGGCACUGCUGUACCGCCACGUCCAGGUGCGCCCCUGGGCCCCUACCCUAAAUGCAGAGGGUGACCUUGUCUCCUUUGACAACGGGUACGCGCUCACUAGUGUACGUGCGACCUUGAUCCCAGGCCUGCGGUGGACCCCAGAUGCUCCGGAUGAAAAGGAAGCGACGCGGAUUCGACUCCAGCGCCACACCGAGAUCGUGGACCUCUGUCGUAUUUACCACCGGCCCCCACGGGACUCGACCUUGGGAGAGGAUAAUGCCUUGUUGACUGCGCGCCAGGUGGAUCUUAACUCUCUCGUUGCCUGCCUCAGGAACGCCACAACCGUCCGCCACCUCCCCUAUGACCGGGAGGCAAUCAUCCCUGAAAUUCGCUCGAUGAACGCGACCACCAUGAUCACGUUCACGAGCUUCCAGGACCUGGUGCAUGGUGACUCGUGGCACAAGAUGACCUACAAGCAUCCUCCUCAAGUCAGGACGUCAAUCAUGACGGUUUUGCACGACUACACCGUGUCAGGACCCUACAACGCACGCAGGCUUGGCGAAGUGCUCCGCUUUCAGCAGCGUGCAGAGGAUAACCGCGCCUUCAUCUUCUUCGCGCCACCAAUGGGUUCAUGGUCCGAGGGCCACUCUUCCCCGCAGUACAAUCUCGCCUUCGAUAUUGCAAAGCUUGUCGUUCACCAGGCUGUCGCGAUGCGCAACCGCGCCAACCCCAACUACGCACUCUUCGUUGCCGGGCUGGAUGUCCUUCCUGCCCCACUCGUGCGUGUGCCUGCUGACCUGGACUGGGACAACCGCAAGGCGGUACUGCUUUACAAUAUCCGAGAUCUUAUCCGUGAUGUUAUCGACACACUGUUGCCCGACCAGACCACCCCUCUGGAUGAAGACGUGAAUAGCAAGUUUGAGGAGCUCAAGCUUAUCUCCCUCGACGAGUUCCGCCAGGCCGUUGGAGAUGAACACUACAGGCUAUCUCACCCGGGUGACGACAUUGUACUGUCACACGGAGUCAGCAUCCGCUCAAAUGUUCCCAUCAAGGGGUUCAUCUACAACGGCGACCACCCCGACACCCUCCUGCAGAUAACGAGUCCUGAGACCCACAAGACGCUUCCUGGACUCUCGUGGAACGGCCCCUUUGGCACCGACCGGGAGGCUAUGGAAGAUACCACGCUUCGCAACAUUCGCAAGUACACCAAGAUCGUUGACCUUGAAGAAGGGGGAGCCUGGAAGUACGUCAAUCACGAUGAGUACGCAGAGUUACAGUCGGCCCUCGCAGGUGUCACGGCGAUUCGUGCGCGGCAUUGGAGUGAUAAAAGCCGGGCUCUCCUCCAAUCUGCCAGCCUCAGCGCCAAGGUGCUGUUCGAUUGCGGCAAACUCAAGACGCGUUGGCGCUGGAAAGACAUGAGCCCUGAAACCCCGCGCACUAUCAUAGUCGCAUCGGGCGGAGAUUUCUGGUGCAUCUUUGAGGACUGGAAGCGUGGCUACUCGAAGCCUUCUCCCGACAACGAGCUCUACAUUGUCAUUACCGCCGAAGACCAUUCUGCAGCGAGACCGCCAGAGAGGAAUUUUAUCCUCGGUCUCGAGGGGUUCGCCGAGCAGCUCAUGGUCGUCCAGCGUUACCAUGAAUAUCGAGUUUCCAUCGUUGGUCUGGAUACUCUGGGCCCCGAAGAUCUGGGGAUGAGCUUUGCAGCCGACACCCCCUGGCUGAAGAAGAAGGCGAUGAUUUAUAAGGCCGUCAAGAAAUCCUUGGGGACACCUGGCAACUUCUACAAGCCCCCGGACAAUGUCGAGGACCUCAAUUCCACAGUAGACAGUAUCCGUUUCCUGUCGAGGAAUGAGUUUAAGGAGGAGGUGGGAGAAGCGUUGAACUCCAGGACCGGGACCGAACCUCCCCGCCAAAAUGCUCCCACCGACCCAGGUUACUGGAUAAUGUAG